UUUUUCUCUUUUUUUUUAUUUUUGAUAAGAAAACUUAUAAGAUUUUUUAGCAAAAAAGAUAUGGGAAACAGUUUACGGUGCUGUUUAGCUUGUGUACUUCCAUGUGGAGCCUUAGAUUUGAUCCGAAUCGUACAUCUCAACGGCCACGUCGAUGAGAUCACUCGUCCAAUGACCGCCGGUGAGAUCCUUCAGGCGAACCCUAACCAUGUCUUAAGCAAACCAUGUUCUCAAGGAGUUGUACGUAAGAAGAUCUUGAUCUUGUCUCCUGAAUCUGAGCUCAAGCGUGGGAGCAUCUAUUUUCUUAUACCGGAUACUUCCUUGCCGGAGAAGAAGAAAGCAAAGAAGAAAAAGGAUGUCCAACGUCGGAGAAAGACUCUUGGAAACGCUAACGACAUCAAUAGUAAUCACAUGGUAAGCACUAGUAAUAAGGAUCUUGAUUUGACGUUGUGUGAGAAAUAUUUGGAAGAUGUUAUGUUGUCGUCAUCCGAGAAGAAAUGUUCAGCCGGUAAAGAGAACCGUCACCGUCGAAGACAUAGUCGGUCGGCGUCGGUGUCUAUGUGGCACCCUCACCUUGAUAGCAUCUCUGAGGAUUUUAACUAGUGUUUUAAUGUUUUCAUUCUUCGUUAAUUCUGUCUCUAUUUUCUUAAUUUCUUAUUUCUUUUCAGAUCCGAAAAUAGAUUCUUAUUAACAUUCCCGGAGGGAAUAUUUUCAUUUUUUAAAUUUAUUUUGGUAUAUGAUUAAAAACAAAAAGCUUUUGUAAUGUACUAAUGUGGAAAAGAUCUAUGUUAAAUCGGUAAUCUAAUUUUUA